AUGCCGGUGCGCGUCCUGCCGGUGCGCGUCUUCAGGGGCUGGCGUCAGCACCCAAAUGCUGAACAGUGGCUUCCUGAGGUGGUCUUAAACGGACUGUCGGGGCUGUCAGAGAGAGCGCGUUUUACGGGGCAGGACGGGCUCUGCGCGCACAUGGUGCAAGAGCGCAGAACAGCGUCCGAAAUUCGAAAUGCAGAGGGGCAGAAGGCGCGGGGUCAGGAAAACAAUGCCUUACUGGGAUUCUCACAUCCAGUUUUUGACCGCUCAGGUAUGAUUAAUGAGCCGUUGUCGGGUCGCUGCCUGUUGAAAAUCCCAGAGGAACAAAAGAUCAUGGAGGACACCUUGUCAGCGACGAUCAACCAAACGCAGAACUGCAGCGUGGCUCCGGGCUCCCCGUCAGCGUACAGCGAUGCAGAACUCGUGCUGCUUGGUGUUGCCAUGGCAAUUCUGGUCCUGGCCAUAGUUUUUGGUAAUGUGAUGGUCAUCACAGCCAUCCUGCGCUUCCAGCGGCUCCAGACCGUCACCAACCUCUUCAUCGCCUCGCUGGCAGUCGCUGACCUCAUCAUGGGGAUGGUUGUCGUCCCCUUUGGGGCCAGCAACAUCCUGUUUGGCAUCUGGAAGUUUGGAAACUUUGUGUGUAAUUUCUGGACGGCCACCGACGUGCUGUGCGUGACGGCCAGCAUCGAGACGCUGUGUGUGAUUGCACUGGACCGUUACCUGGCCAUCACCUCGCCGCUGCGCUACCCCACCAUCCUCACCAGGGGCCGGGCCUUUGCCGUGGUGCUGGGAGUCUGGGCCGUGGCCUCCCUCAUCUCCUUCCUGCCCAUCUAUCUGAACGUGUGGGUGUCUCAGGACCGCGCCGCCCACGAGUGCCUCCACAACGACACCUGCUGCGAGUUCAACACCAACGCCGCCUACGCCGUGUCCUCCUCCAUCGUCUCCUUCUACCUGCCGCUGGUGGUGAUGAUCUUUUUGUACCGGCGCGUUUUCCAGGAGGCUCAGAAACAGCUGGAGAAGAUCCGACGGAGAGAGCGCCACUUCUACAACCUGCACUGCUCCGCGCAGCUCGCUUAUCCCGAGGAUAGCCCCUCCAUGAACAAACUCAGGGCGGGGACCGCGGCGGAAGAACCAGCGGGAGAGGACAGCCUAAACAUGCAGCGACCGGGGGACGCGGACGGUGGCAAAGAUAACGCGGUGAGGACAGAAAAAGGGGAAGGAAAGCAUCCCGCCACGAAGCGUCUCAAGUUCUGUCUGAAGGAGCAAAAAGCUGUGAAAACUCUGGGGAUCAUCAUGGGAACCUUCACGUUGUGUUGGCUGCCCUUCUUCAUCCUCAACAUCAUCAAACCCUUACCCGGAGUUGGCGACCUGUCGGUGCCGUUUGGAUUCUUCAACUGGCUGGGAUAUUCCAACUCAGCCUUCAACCCGCUCAUCUACUGCCGCAGCCCGGAUUUCAGGCAUGCCUUCCAGGAAAUCCUCCAUCUGAGGCGCAAGGGACGGGGCUGUGGGGGAGGGCGAGGGUGGGGAUGGUGCAGCAAGAGGGUACGUUACUCCAAGCCCCCGCGCCGGCAGAACGGGCACUCAGACCCGGGAGGCGCUCGAGAACUCGACACCCAGCUAACAUCAGCUUGGAGGGGAAGUUUGGAAAGCUCCAUAAGAGACAGCUCACUGACUCUAACUCCAACAAAUCCCAGCUCUGUGCACGCGUUGGACGUGGCUCCUGGUACCUUAACCAACUGGCAAGCCAGCAGCUCUACCAGUUGGAGCUGCAAGGAAAACGUUUCAUCCAUUGCUUGACCGGUUGGGAUAUUGGUGGAAUCAAUCGUGGAAGCAUGUUUGCGAAGUAAACGCCAAUUUGUUGAAGCAUAUUGUUUGUUGAAAUGUAGAUUUUUCUUUUUUUUUUAUGAUUGUUGGUUAAAUGACAACGUCCAUGUGGUUUCUACUUGUGGUCUGUGUUCCUUUAUUCAGCUGGAUCAUUUAAUUACAAUUCUCAACAGUAAAUCCCAAAAGAUAGUGUAGCCUUACGUUAAAAAAAAGAUAAGCAUCACUUUACAUGGAUGCACUGCAGAGAAUGCAGAGAAUGUCACAGUAAGGCCACCCUCAUUUUAGGCUGAUGUAAGUCGGCCCUAUUCAGCUGUAUUUAUGUAAAAGGAGCCAGACUUUAACCUUUAGAAAUUUCAGCAACUGAUGCACUGAACAAAAGCACAACAAAAGUGUACAAAACAGUCUCAGAAAUCCUACAGCGUGCAAUAUAAAGCUGUUCCGCACAUUUUUCACAUCAUGGUAUCAGAAAAGAAUGUAGUUGGAAGUAAACAAUAUAUAGUGUGACUUAAAGUGUUUUGCUGACAGCUGGAGACUACAGCAUUAAAAGUCUAGACUGCUUGUUCAUUCCAAAAUGUCCAAUCUUAAAAAUGUUUUGAUUGUUUCUUUGCUCACUGUUAGCUUUAAAAGUGCAGUUUAGCACUAACGCUGAAGCUGUUGCUCUUUAUAUAACACAGCGGUUGUGCAUGUUUCACUGAACGUUGUUUAAAGUUCAAGCGUUCCUAUUGUAGAUAUAUUCUUCAGUUUGACGGCAACAAUCUUUGGUUAAGUCUGGAUGACCACUGAUUUGAUCUAACAUUGUGAAUCCGAUCCAUUCUGAAUCGAUUCUCACCACAUUAAUUUUUAAAUGUGACCACUUUAAGCCGGUUAGAAGAGCUGAUUUAACUUUAUAUCCUGUUUGGAAGUCUUUCAAAUUAAAGCGUCAGGAACAAUGAAAGAAAACUGUAUAAAAGUGGACGACAGACUGUGGUCAUUAAUCAACCUUUUCAGCCUCAGAAACACACCAGUUACAGGCCGGGGGGCGGGAAGCAGAUAGUCAGCAGCUUAUUUGCAUAAUUAAUAACUUUUUAUUCACAUUUGCAAAAACAAAGAUCCAAACAAAACCUCCACAAAGCUAAAUUUGUCUGCACUUUGUGUACUCUGCACUUUGUUUGCCCCGAGGCUAAAGUUCCUAUUAGAAACAGUGGAUCCCCUCUGAGACUCUUAUGUGAUAAGAUUAUCGAGAACAGCUAGCCUGUUUAAAAAGUUGCUCUGAUAAACCUCAGAACAGAUUGCUGGUGUAUAUUUGUGUCUGAGGAACACAUCUGAGGUCCAACCUAGCAACUAUCAGACAUGCUCUUUCUCUCAGCGUAUUUUCUUUUCCUUCAUCCUACACAUGUAGAGACUUUUCCUCAAGUCACCUCAAACCUCACCGUGAACCCACACGUUCCUCUUAUGCCGUCUGCUUUAACUCUGUAAACACUGCGUUCUGUUGGACAGAGCUUGGGAGAUCAUUUCCAUGAAGUUGGGUCUGCUGUUUACAUAACUUUGUCUUUUACACUCGCUGUUAAAGCAUGGCAAUCAUCUCACACAUAUUUUCAAUACGUUUGAAGAUGUGUGCAGGUAUGCGCAACGCUCAAUGUGCUUUUUCUGAACAGAAGUUUGUUAUUUCUGUGUUGACCUUUUCUGAAUUCAAACGCAAAAAGAAAAGUCUGUUUAGAUUAGGGUGGACACAUUGGAUUCUUAUUUCUAUUUAUGUUUGUGCCUUCCAUUUUUAUUGUUAAGAGAAAUACAUCUGAAAGUGUCGUUGUCGGUCUGCUUCUGUAAAUUAUCAUAUAAAGAAUUCUUAACAUCUGAAUGGUAUAUUUGUGAUUAAAUAUUUGUGCAAUUUAAAGCUUGAAACACCCCAUUGAAUUCCUAUAUUUUACUGUCAUGUACAAAAUACUUGGACUGUUGUCAUCUUGAUGUAUAUAUUUGGAUGUUUUGGUAAAAGUGGAAAUAGAAAAACUGUUACUAAUAAUCGCUUUUUGAUAACUGACUGAACGAACUGUCCCACAGUAAUAGAUGAGUACUCUCAUAGUAUAUUAUUUUGAUCUGUGAUCGUGUGUCUAUCUCAGGUGAUGAGGUGAUACUGAAACAAACUGAUCUGAUAGUUUGUAAGUUAGUUUGAGAAGCAAGAAGGCAUAAUCCUAUCUCUACCUCUACUAAAUACAUGACAUCUCAUUGUUGUAUAUAUUUUUCAUAGGCUACAAGUAAAAGAACAAAGUUUAAAAUGUCUCUUGUUUAAUGAUGUGCUGAAAUUCGUGCAGAGCUGAUAAACGUGUGUGUGUUUAUAUUUUAGAGUGCGAGCGCAGCAGUGGGGCUUUCGAACAGAGAGAGAAGGCAGACAUAUCAGCUUAAAUCUGCUGUGUAUUACCUCCAACUGUUUCUCAAAAAGUGACAAAUUGAUACACAGUUUUUAUUCGACAUUGGUGUUUCAUUUUUUUUUAUUUCAAGCAUUCAAAAUUGGCCUUACGGCUCCUGAUGUGAGCAAAGGGAAGUCUUUGCUGUGAGCUGAUGCAGUACUUUCCCUUUACAAUGCCAGCCACCGCCGCUCCAAUUUUCAUCUUAGCAUUGGCAGUCAGCAACGAUCCCUAAUGGAAAGUGUACAGCAAUUUGUCACAUUGCCAAAUGUGCUGUAGAAAAAUAAAUAAAUAGAAAAUAGACCCCCUAAAAAAAAUUGCUGACAAAUUGUUGACCGAGCAGAACCACAGAUUAAACCACGGUUUGCACGUCUGGAAAAAAUCUGGAAAACCCUGAGAGCAGGAAAUGUGAUUCACAUUUCAGCGCACCUCCAACCUUUUUUAGCUAAGCCCAUGAGACAGUAGCUUUUUUGUGCCUGUUCAGCCAUCCAAGUUAUUCAUUAAGACUGAGCUUGCACGUUUGCAUUAGCGUGCAUCUGUGGAGUGUGUGUGAGUGAGGGAGUGUGUGUGUGUGUGUGUGUGUGUGUGUGUGUGUGUGAGGGGUGAUGCACAGUGACAGGUGCAGUUGGUCACAGCAGCUACAGUAUCAGCUGUUGGACAGGAAAUACAAUCAGACGU